AUGAAGGAUCUGUUGGGUAGUCCUGGGACUGUGAGUGGGUUGCUGUUAAGAAUUGGGCAGUGCCUUUUCGCAGCUGGAUCCAUCGGAGUUAUGGUUUCUGCUUUCGGAUUCUCUAACUUCACUGCUUAUUGCUAUCUCAUUGCAUCAAUGGGCCUUCAAUUGCUAUGGAGCUGUGGACUCGCGUGCCUUGACAUCUAUGCUUUGCGGAUAAAAAGAGAUCUCCACAGUUCAGUCCUAGUCAGCUUGUUCGUGGUUGGUGAUUGGGUUACAGCCACACUAUCACUUGCUGCUGCAUGCUCUUCGGCAGGGAUUGCAAUUUUGUACGCCAAAGACUUGAAAUUUUGUACGGGAGCGAACCAUAUCCCGUGCCGAAGAUUUGAGCUCUCAAUAGCUCUUGCAUUCGUCACGUGGUUCCUCAUUGCCAUGUCUUCUCAUGUGAUGUUCUGGAUACUUGCAUCCGGUUAG